UUCAUUGGGAAGGACAAAGACUACACAAUUAUGAUAUUGGAUGAAUGUGGUUUCUUCACUGCAAUUGGGAUUGAAAGUCUGGUUGAUAGAUGUCUCUUAACAAUUGACGAAUACAACAAGCUGAGGAUGCAUCAAUUGGUUUGCGACAUGGCAAGAGAAAUUAUACGCCGAGAGUCACCUAAGGAUCCUGGGAAACGUUCCAGACUGUGGGAUCAUACUGCCCUUAAUGUACUGAGAAAGAAAACUGUAAGGGUACAUGCUUCUCAAUUAUGUUUUUUAUAUGGGCAUCCAUGCUUUUUAACUCUCUCUCUCUCUCUCUCUCCCAUUAUCAGGGCACUGAAACAAUUGAAGGCCUUGUCCUUGACAUGCGAAUGUUCAAUGGAGAUAACACCGUUAACGCAAUAAAAUCCCAUUUUGGAGAACCUCCUGACCAAGUAUUGUCAUAAAACCAAGAGAAUUCUAAUGAAUACUUGGAAAUUAACUCAUUUAGAAGGAUGCACAGACUAAGACUACUGCAACUUGAUUAUGUGCACUUCAAUGACAAUGGACGCGAUGAGGAAUUUCCUAAAAAAUUAAGAUUGUUGUGUUGGCAUGGCUUCCAUCUUAAAUAUAUACCUAGUAGUUUUCCCUUGGAGACCUUGGUGGCUCUUGACAUGCGCUAUAGCAGCUUGGAACAAGUUUGGAAGAAAACCAGGUUUCUUCCCUUAUUAAAGUCCCUUGAUCUCAGUCAUUCCCACAGCCUUGCCAAAACUCCAGAUUUCUCGGCACUCCCCAAUCUUGAGAGACUGAUUCUUAAAGGUUGUACAAGUAUAGUUGAGGUUCAUGAAUCCAUUGGAAAUCUUAAGAGGCUUGUCUUCCUGAAUCUAAAAGGUUGCAAAAAUCUUCGGACUCUUCCAAGAAAACUUUUUGUUAUGAAAUUUCUUGAAACACUUAUUAUUUCUGGUUGCUCAAAUCUUAAAAGAUUUCCAGCGGAACUAAGGAAGAUGGAAUCUUUGGAAGUGCUUCACGCUGAUGGGAUUGCUAUAAACAGAUUACUGCCUUCCCCUGGGAAGGUUGGGUCAAAGCAUACAUUUGGCUUGUCUUCAAAGUGGAGAAAGGGUCCGGAAAUUUCAUGGGCAUCUUUACCCACCUCUUUGGUGAGCUUGAGUCUUGCAGAUUGCAGUCUGUCUGAUGAAGAUUUUCCCCCAGAGUUUAGUAACCUAUCUUCACUGCAGCACUUAAAUCUAAGCAAAAAUCCAAUUUUCAGCCAACCAAAUUGCAUCAGAGAUCUUACCAGGCUCCAGACCCUUCAAUUUGAAUCGUGUAUGAGGCUCCAAUUGCUUGAAGGACUACCGAGUGUGAAAAAAUUGAAUGUCUCAAAUUGCAUGUCGUUGGAGAAAAUAACAUUUCUGUCAACUAUGUUUAGACUACGGGAAGCUGCAUUUGAUGGGUGCCGCAACCUAGUUGAGGUUCAGGGCUGGUUCAAAUUAGAACCGUUUGAAAGAAUUGAUCCACGAAUAAUCAACUUUUUGGGAUUGCAUGACUUCAAGGCAAUGGCGAACCUUAAGGUGAUUUUAGCAAAUGGCUUAUUAGGAGUAUUUUACUCAAAGAUUUGUCCCAUCCAGGUUCUCUCUCUCUCUCUCUCUCUGUCUGUCUCACACACACACACACACACAGUCAAAUUUUACAGUUAUGCACUCACACACGAACACCCCACACCUCCAACACGCACACACACACACAUGGAGAUUCACGCUACAUUAAGGAAAGAUUCACACACACACACACCCAGCGUCAUGCACUUGCACACUAAUAAUCACGUGCACUUGAAAAAAUUGGUCAUUUGAUAACUGAUUACGUAAUAUUUAACCCUAUUUAUACUGUAAUUUAAAUAUAUUUAAAUACAAAUAUUUAUAUUUCCUAUCAUAUGUCUAAUAUACAUAUUCAUGAUAUAUUAAAAAAAAACCUAUUCAUAGUAUAUUAAAAUUCUUUCAAUUUGAUUUGGUCACUAAUAAAUCUAUCAAUGGUUUAUUACGACUCUUACAAUACGUUUCACAUUUCAUUUAGAAUUUUCACACUAAUUACCCAACAAACUUUUUUUUAUAACAAUUACAGUGUUUGGGUCAAAUUCUAACAAUAUUGAAUUGCAGUAUAAACUUUUUUUUUUCAGAGUUGUACUAUAAAACUUGAUUUUGUACUUGUAAGAAUACAAAAAAUAAUUGGCCUUUGUUAUAAAUAUAUGAAGCUUUAGAUAUUUUUACAAUUCAAUUUUGUUGUAGAAAUAUCUUAGUUAAAGAGUAAAAGGUUUGUGGGGAUGAAAUAGAAUUUCAAAGAAGAACCACCCGAGUAGUGUAAAAAUAGGUUUGAUGUUUUGCUAUUUUGUACGUAUGAGAUUCAAGUUCGACAGCGAAAUGUCUUAACUUAAUGGUCAUAAUAUAAGGUUCGUGGAAGAUGCCAACCUAACCAUUUUUAUUUUAUCGGCUCACUAAAGACAAUUAUGAUUGAUGGACAAGACGUGUUCGACACAUUUUCUAAUUUUGUUAUUUUUUUAUCUGUCAAGUUGGUAG